GCAUUCACGUCACCUAGUUGCGUAAAGAGCUCAUGUGGAAGCUUUAGAUGUGCAUUUCGUCAUUCGAUGUUUAUUGGUGGUUUAAAAAGCACAAACGCGAGGAGGAAGAUGACAUUACUGUUUUUAUUAUUGUUGCUGGUGUAGAUGUUUAUAUGUUUUUAUAUUAAUUGUGGAGAAGAAGCACUGUGCGUCAGGUGUUGGUCCCCAUCGCUUAGCUUUACCUGAACAUAACCACUGUCUUCUGGGGCGCUCAACUGGAGCCCAAAGGUAUCUUGACACCUUUGGAGGGUAUGCGGAGCGAAACACGACUUUCAACGCGGACAGACUUCCUGUGUUACUGUUACUAUGGAAACAGACCACGCACUGAAGGCUGAGCUAACGUUAGCUGUAGCUAACCUUGGUUUAGUUUCGGCUCCGUGGGACCUUUCUUUGGUUAGAGACACGUUUUCUAUCCGCGGAGGCAAAAAUAUGUCGCAAAGGACAUACAACCAGCUGUGGGCAGAUGCCCAGUUAGAGCUGAGCUGUCUGCUAGAAGAAGAACUACCAGCUGAGCCCCCGCGCCCUGAAAAAGACAGAGUCGUUUUCUUCCAGCGUCUGGCCAUGCUUUUUGUGCGCUACACCCAAAUCUUCAGACAGCUGGAGAAAGCCUAUGACCUGGUGGUCCACCCUCAGAAGAGGAGAUUUAUUCAUUCAGCUCUUGAAAGUGUGAUGGGAAGAGUGUUAGAGCUGAAAAAUGAAAUGGUGGAGAAAGAGUUUUCAGAGUACCACUACAUGGAUGAUGUGCUUCAUGAUUUGAAGCUCAUACCUGCCGACCUCGAGAUCCCCAUCCCUCGCUACUUUCACAGUGAACGCAGCAAAGAGGUGCAGCAAAGAAAGGCCAUGCUGACUGACAUCCUGAAAAUGGCGGAGGUCACUGAAACUCCUGAGCCUGUAAUGGCCAAGAAGAUGAGUCAAGAGGAGGCAGUGAAGAUUAUUCAAGUGGCAGAGCGGGCACGACAAGGACGUGAAAGGGCAAAGUUCAACAUGAAAAACUUAAAUAUGAACACCAUGUACAGGAUCAAGGAACCUGGAGCAGAAAGUGCUGAAUCCGCUGCAGUCUGCAUCCAAAAGGUGUGGAAGGGCUACGUGCAGAGGAAGAGGACAAAAAUUGCCAGAGAGGAGGAGAUGAUUCUUCUGGGAAUGAAUAUGGAUCCAAAGUAUGAGGAGCCACGCCCUGCGGAAAUGACGGCCCAGGCCAUCGCGGCUUCCACACGAGUAAAACAGAUGGAGCACGAGGAGGCUUACCAAAAGGCCACAGUGGAUGUCAUGAACCAACUACGGGAUGUGGAAGGGGACGACAUGAGCAAAAGCAUGAAGGUGCAAAUUCAGCAGUGGUUCACUGAGUGCCGCAAUGCUACAGGAACAUUUCCAGACUACCCAGAUGAAGAAGAUGGAGGUUCUGCCCUCAUUUUUGCUGAAAAGACCCCUCAGCAGUUGUUGGAAGAAUUUGCUGCAAAAGAAGAAGAAGAGGCCAACGCCAAAGCUAAAGGAAAAGAAGAAAAGAAGGAAAAGGGGAAAAGUGACAAGAGGAAGGAAGACGAGGAGGUGGAGGAGGCAGGGCUGAAGAUGCUGCCCUCUGCAUUUCUGCUGGACCUCGAAGUUGAAAGUAAAAUCUACGCAGACUUUUGGCACAAUCGCAGCGAGUACGGAAACUUUAACCAAAUGCACGACCCGGAGCUGAUCAAGGAAGAAAAGAGGAAAGUCAUUGAGGCGGAAAUUCGAGUGAAGGUCGAUGAGCAGAUGAGACACGAACUGGCUGAGUGGAAGCUGUCUGUGGAUAAAGACAAGGGCGGUAAGACGAAAGCAAACGCCAAGAAGAAGAAAGGCUCUAAGAGUGGAAAGAAGAAGAAAAAGGAAAAAGACCUGACGGCUGAUCGGACUCUGCAGUCUCUGUGUCGGGAGCUGGUGGAGCAGGGCUUACUGAAGCAGACACGUAAUGUUCAGCUGCAGGAUUUCUUGGGCGACUAUAGCUACCUGGGGACCACGCUGAGGCAACACGACAUUGAGCCCAUGCCGUCAUUGUCAGAUGUGCGACAAGUCAUAUCUCUGUACGCAGUUCUGCCGUUAGGCUCUCAGGUGGUACACGAGAAGGCUCCUCUGAUAAAGUCGGUCCUGCUGGUCGGACCCACAGGUGUGGGUAAAAAGAUGCUGGUCCAUGCGGUUUGCCACGAGACGGGCGCCUGCCUGUUUGAUCUGUCUCCCCUGAACACAGCCGGAAAGUACCCAGGCAAGAGCGGGCUCGCCAUGAUGCUUCACAUGGUGUUUAAGGUUGCGAGACUGAUGCAGCCUUCAGUGAUCUGGAUCGAAGAUGCAGAGAAAAUGUUUUACAGGAAAAUCCCCAAAGAGGAAAAAGAGUUGGACCCUAAGCGGCUGAAGAAAGAUUUGCCCAAGUUCCUGAAGCUGAUCAAAGGGGAGGAUCGCGUUCUGAUCAUAGGAACGACUCGAGACCCGCACAGCGCCGAGAUCAAGUCUCUGUGCAAAAUGUUCAGCAAAAUCCUCCUCAUCCCAAGACCUGACUACGGCUCAAGACGCAUCCUGUGGAAGCAGCUGAUCAGAAAACACGGAGGUGAAGGGACCGAGGCGUUGGACCUCAGUUCUCUGGCAAAGAUUUCUGACGGCUAUACUCCAGGACACAUGGUCCAAGUGAUUCAGAGCGUUCUUACCAAACAUCGAGUCUUCCAGCAGGCAAAACGGCCGCUGACUGCAGCUGAGUUUAUCGCCCCGUUAGCCCAGAUUGACCCCGUGUUCCAGGAGGAGGAGGAGGCCCUGAAGAGCUGGUAUGCAAAGACGCCCCUGGGAAAGAAGAGAAGUAAAGCUGCGUCAGGAAAGGAAGAAGAAGAACCAGCUAAAGACAAAAAUACCAAGAAGAAAGGAAAAAAAUGAUCUUUUAUUUGUUGUCUUUUACUGAAGUGUGUGAGUUGUACCCUCAGUGAGGCUGUCCUGCGUCAGUAACACACAUUAAGCUGCAGUCCCUGUGUUUGCAGCCACAUCAGUGAAGUUUCUCUCUUGUGCAGGAGUUACCUGUAAACAGAACGCAGUCGUUUUCAAAUCAUUAGCAUCCUACAUUUUAUUGAAUGCAGUAGUUUGAUGAUUUUCAAUUUUAUGUCAGUAAAAUGUUUCCAAAACGUUGGGAGGUCUUUUUUUCAGUAUGCACGCGGGAACGAGGACGCCCACUUCUGCAGUGCGUUCGUUUUUUCUGCGUUUCGCUCGCUUGGUGUCGGAUUUUAUCCUCUCAGCUUUGUCAUGUUUGUUUGGGUGGAUGCCAGGGGCUGUGGGCUUCCAUGCAAAGAAGAAGAUCUAGAUGCAGGUUCUUCAUCCUUACUUCUGAAUGACCUGUGCUCUCUGAGGUGCAGUUUGUAUAUAUAUGUAAAUAUGACCCUUGACCUGUCAAACUGGUGGACAGACUCCCGUGGCUGUAGCUGUCAGACUGAAGGCUAAGCUGUUAUUAGAUGUGCCAAGGCGGCUCAGUCAAGGACAUUUAAUGUUCAGGCUGUGGCUUCCUGGCUGUAGCGCUCGGUUAUGAAGGUUAAGGAGAUCCUCUUUUCUUUAGGUGUCACACACAAAGCCAGAGUAAAAUUCAUUUCCAGGGCACCUAGAUGACGACAGGAGCCACAUUUUAAAUAAUCACAGCGUGCUGCAGAGUCCUGCAGUGUGCUCUUUGUUAUUGCCUCUGUGUGGUGCAGAGAGUCAGGCUCAGAAGAAAUGCCAAACACACGAGGGGGAGUGUUUCCAACAUGAUCCAGAGGCUUAGUUCAGCUGUUUCGUCAAGUUCUAAAUUCCCUCGGCAGAUCUUCACAUUGACUUGGUUCCUUUACCGUGACUCUAUUUUUAGAGUUUGUGCACAAAGAUCCACAUUUCAUCAUGCAAAGCUCGUCUGUUGGACAUCUUCACAGGAUCAUCUUCAGAAACAGCGACAGCCUUCGAGUCAGAAAUACAACGAAAUAUUUGUUCCUACACCGACUCGAUGUUAAACAUUGCAAUGAAUGAGCUUCUGUAAACUGAGACUGGCUUCUGUGGACCACCGUUCUCCUUCUCAGUGAUGACAGGUUAUUUUCUGUGCCCCACAGAGAUAAUCUCUGCUGAUACCGUUUCACUGGCACAUGGGACUGUCUGUCAGACUGAGGUUUACACAAUGCUGCCUGGCUCUGGCUUUCUUCUUUUUGAUGAGGGAUUCCCACAAAUCUGAGCUACGUAAAAAUUGUUAAAACAAUAGCAUAAAGGCUGAAGCACGGUUGGCUGCUGGGCUUUGACCGUCUCAUUGUAAUGUUUCCUGUAUUUGGUUUUUGGAGCAUACUGAGCUUUUCAGAUCCCAGAUGCAGCCACACAGACCAUAGUUGUGGUCAAAAGGUUACAUACAGUAAUCAUGGACAUGGAUGUCAGAGUAAUUUGAGGUUUUAAUGAUUUCUUUGAACUUUUAAAAAACAAGAAUUGGUGCACAAGUUUGGAUUUAUUCUGUGUUUUCCUUAAC